AUGGCCGGAGUCUCGCGAUGUGGCCGCAAAACGGCGCUCGCCAUCUUCUUCUCCCUGUCCCUGCUGGCGUUCCUCUUCUGCCUGCUGGCGUUGAUCAGCCCCUCCUGGCAGUACGCCAACUUGGAGAACGGCCGGACCGAGCACCACCAUGGCCUUUGGCUCGACUGCAAACGGGACUACUCUUUCGACUACGGCAGAACGAGGGAGUACUACGAGACGCUUUAUAGGUUUGUUUGAGGACCGUAAAUGGUCUUUUUAAAGGCCCCCCGGCCAUUUUCCAAAACGGCCAGUCUGGCCCAAAGGGCUUGAAGUUUCCUCAAGACACGACAAAAAUAACCUUUUUGGCUCUUUUUCCCAAAAAAUUAUGAUUCAACUGCAGACGAGACAUGCAAGGCUCGCCAUUCGACAUUUUCUACCUGCCCCAACUCCAAUGCGUUUAUAAAUUCGACUACUACAUCGACUCUGAAGAUCUCUACGACCAUAACCAUGACGAAAAUCGUAUUCAGAACGACGCGUAUCAACACUUGUUCUUAGGUAGGUUCAGAAAAAUAUGUAUAGCUCACUCUGCGCCACAAUUUGUCGUUUCCUUCUCACCCUUCCCUGCGAUGCGCGUGGUCUUUCUCUGAGCAAGCGCCUUUCAAUAGGACGGUCGCGAUGUUUUUCCUAACAGCUACAGAACCCUUAUAUUCGAUGUGCGCGGCUUUUCUGUGAGCAUGCGCCUUUAAUAGGAAGGAAACUUCUAGGCUUUAUCAAAGGCGCAAGCUUCGCGUAUUGUAGGAAAGGGCGAGCCUUAAAUGUAACUGAAAUUUUCAGGCUUAAUUAAAGGCGCAUGCGCAGAAAAAGGACGCGCGUCUUGAAGGGAAAGGGUUUUGUAGCACGAAAAUGAUCAAGAAAGUACUGGGAAGUGGCCCCUACAGAGGCUCGCCAGGGACUAUUUGGAGGGGACACUAAAACCCACCUCUUUAGUUGCCACUAUUUUCCGUUUUAGUGGCCACUUCAGUAGUUUUUCAUCCAGUAUUCCUUCCAGUAACUCUAAGUGGCAUUUAGACCUCUAUAGUGGGCACUUUCUUUAAAACUUCUUAAGUGGCCUCUAUUUUGACUACUAUAGUGGCCACUGAAACUUCAGACCCCUAUAGUGGCCAGCCACUAAAAAUUUUCCCAGGAUUUCAAAAAUGAAAAUGAGUUUUGUUCAAUUUCACGUUGAAUUUUCUUCUUAAACGUCAAAAUUUAUUUCUUCAAAAUAUUCCAAUCAUUUUUCUUUGAAAGUGGGAUUUCUUGCAAAAAGUUCAGCUUUUUAUUAUAAUUUCAAACUUCAGGCUGGAAAAUCGCGGCGCUUGUGGGUGUCGGCGUCGGCGUUCUUUUCUCGGCCACUACACUUCUUUUAGGUAACUUUAAAUUGUUCUUUUCACUUGAAAAAUUGUGAUUUACAGGAAUUUGUUCAUUUUGCCAUAGGACUUUCAUUUGCGCCUGCACGGUUUUGAUCACAAUUUCAGGUUAGUUUUUUUGAAGCUUUGGAUACUUCUUACCAAGCAAAAGAUGUGGAAAAUGUAGAACAUAAUUUCGUAUUUAAGGAAUAUCUUGAGUUGGAAUCCCUUGAAGAAAAUUAACUUUUGCUCUAUUUUUACCACAUUUUGGUCAUUGUUUGACCUUUGUUAUGCAUCGCUUCCUUCUUUCUUUAUCCUUGUUCAAAGUGAUUUCCGCGAACUUUGAAAUUAUCUCUGACACUCCAAAGUUUAUUUUAUCUUUCUCAGUUUUCUGACGGCUGUUUUUAAUUUCACGGAAUCAUUUUUUAUCCUUUUGUUCGUUUUUUUUCCCCGUUUUCGAAAACGAAAUUAUCGAGCCUAGGUUUUGUUACCAGAACAGUUGAAAAUAAAAACUUUUUUGAAGCGAAAUUCAGAAAGUGCGCGUUAAUUUGUCGAAAAACUUCAUCGUUCUAGAAAACGAGAAAUAAGUGAUCGGAAAAAAAUCUGUGAAUAAACUUUUUUAAUUUUUACUUAAUGGAGUUUGAAAAAAAUUUUUGCUGAGGUUCUUCUUUCUAUGAUUUUCAGUGUACAAAUACGGAAUGUUUUUUGGACGUUCGAAGAGAUUUCAAGCAAUUUUUUUCUGAAUUUUCACGAGCAUUUGUUUCAGCCAUACUAUCGACGCUGGGCGUCUGCAUAUUCUACGCCUGGGCCAAUUACCAAGACAAUAAAGUGAUUAAAGGAAGAGGAUGAGGACGAGGUUUACGAGGUAAUCGACUGGUAAAUAUUCUUUUAAGUCCUAGUUGUGGAAUUUUCGAGACUGAAUUUCAAAUUUCUUCUCCGUUAGAUCAUCUAAAACUCUUCAUUUUGAGCUAUUUUCUGCUGAUUUUGGCUGAUUUUCCUCGAAUAUUGCGAGGAAAAUGUACUAUUUAGGCUCUUUAUAUCCUUUUGCACCUUCAAAAACUCGAAAAGCGUUCAUUAACCUACUAAAUUCAGCAAACCCUCGGUUGGGCCUUCUACGCCCAAGUUAUCGGCACGAUUCUCAACUGGAUCUGCGCCAUGACGGGCUGCUGUGUAACUUCCAUUUCCUUCUCCAAACAACGAGCCAAGCUCGUCAAAAUCGAGGUUUGAAUGCGAUGGUCACUUGGAAUGGCUCGACGCGCGUAGCGGCUGCAAUGCGGUUUUUUUUAAACCUGGCCUGCAUUCGAAGGCACUGGUCUGAACUCACAGAGAGGCUUAUAAUUGGUAUCGAUAUCUAGAAGCAGUUGUAUACCAUGAUUUCGAAUAUUUUCUCAAAAAAGUUGAGAAAAAAAAUUCUUUGCCUUUGGAUGAAAUUUUUAGCCGAAGUUUGGUUUUUUUUUUAGCAGUUUUUUACAUGUCUGAAGCGGCUCAACAAGCAAACCUGGUAUGUCUUUUUUUUUCAAUUUUGAGCGAAAAGAAUUCUUUCAGAGACCUUUUUGUCAGUUUUUGAGCGCAGAGCUCAGCUUAGCUAGGUCCUGAAAUCCAUGUCGAGAGUUGAGUUCAACCGCAACACUUUGAGCCAUUCCAAAUGCGGCCGUGAAUCGUAAAAUAUAAAAGUGUAGUGCUGAAUGCAUCCGCGACGCUUUGAGUCAUUCCAAAUGCUGCUGGGGAAACUUGAAAUUUAAAAAUAUUGGAAACUGGUUAUUUAAAUUGACUCAAGGCGGAGUGACGCAUUGAGUCAUUCCAAAUGCGGCCGCGAAACUUUAAAAAUUCAAUUAUUGGUAGUCAUUUACGGCUGCGGCGCUUGUAACUGCGGCUGUGAAACUUGAAAUUUACAAAUAUCGGUUCUUUAAGUUGACUCAAGACCAUGACGCAUUGAGCCAUUCCAAAUGCGACCGAAUCCUUCAAAACAUGAAACAUAUUGGCAGGUGGUGGAGAACGACCAGUCGCAACUUCUGUCUUCGUCCUCUUCUUCUCAAGCUCCUUUCAAAAGAAGCUUCUCCGCCAUUUAUCGUGUCGACUCGGCGGCACUCCGACAAUGGGAAGCUGACUACCUCAGGCAUGUCCGGGAACAGCAGAGGGACCGAAAUAUUAUCGAGAAGGUCUUUUUUGUUAAUAUUUGAUAGUUUUGUUAUCAACGGAAUGUUAAGAACAACUUCAAAAGGACUGCCUCCGUGCCGAACUUCUCCAAGAAAGCAGAAAAAUAAGGUUGGCUUAGAUUUUUUCAUUGUGAAAGGGUCAUUCAAAAUAAAUAUUUUUGCUUUUUUUAUAGCCCAAUCAAAAUCUUACUUUUUGCGUCGGUCCUUUUUAUUCGGAUACAAUAUACGUCAUUCACUACGACUUCAAACAUUCUGACAUGUCUGCGCUCUCUUCUCUCUCGUCGAAAUUUUUAAGGGAACAAGAAAAAUAGCAAAUGAACACAUGGACCACAGGCAGGCUUAACUGGUUUUGAAAUAGGUGAAUAAAUAGCAUGGGAAUUUCGCAGAAGGGUAAAAUCUUUUCCCAAAAAGGACUCGAUCUCUCGAACUCCAUUAAGAAAGUGCACAAAUUUAAUUGGCUUGGCUUGUACCAGCUUUGAAUUUUGCACCCGACUUGAAACGGUUUGGCGCGUUGUCACAUGCGGAAAGCUGCUAACUUCUGUAUAGCCAUUUCCAGCGAUUCAAAUCAGACUGACUUUGGAACUUUUCCAGAACCGGAAGUCGAUGAGAGUCAGCGGCGACUUCUUCUCUUCUACUUCGAACAUCACCGAAUUCACGAAUUCAGGUAGUGUGUUUCCUACUGCUUUAAUUUGCGCUUCUCUGAAAAUCAUCUCACCCCACUUUCAGGAUCCAACAACUCCUUGAAUACCCAACAAACUUCCGGUACCGCGGCCCUUUCCACACCGAAACAGCCGCUGAAAGUCCGCUCUGAAGACUCCGAUCCAGCAGAGGCGUGA